CAAACUAUUUUCAUUCUUCUCGAUUCUUUAUUCAUUGUCAACAAGGAAUUAGAAGAAGCUACAAAACUCUGUCAAAAUGAAGAUCUUUGGUAUAUUUGCCUUCGUUCUUGCCUUUAGCCUGUCCCAGGCUAUAAUCAGGAUCCCUUUACACAAGAUGUCAACAGCAAGACAUGAGUUGAAGAAAGUUGGUAUCACAGCCAAAGAUAUCAAGAAAAAACUAGGUGCAAAAUAUCAGGGUCUGUCUGGAGAGGCCCCUGAACCACUGACUGACUACAUGGACGCACAGUACUAUGGAGAAAUCUCUAUUGGAACCCCGGGACAACCCUUCAAAGUCAUUUUUGACACUGGUUCUUCAAAUCUGUGGGUGCCAUCCAAACACUGUAGCUGGUUGAACAUUGCCUGCUUGUUGCACAACAAGUACGACAGCAGCAAGUCCAGCACCUACAAGAAGAAUGGAACAGAGUUUGCCAUUCGUUACGGCAGUGGAAGCUUGUCAGGUUACCUCAGCACGGAUACUGUUACAGUUGCGUCACUAGCUGUAAAGGACCAAACAUUUGCCGAGGCUAUCAAGGAGCCUGGUAUCACAUUUGUUGCUGCUAAAUUUGACGGCAUUCUUGGGAUGGGGUAUUCUUCUAUAUCUGUUGAUGGUGUAGUACCUGUUUUCUACAACAUGGUUGCACAGAAGCUUGUGCCAUCUCCAGUUUUCUCUUUCUACUUGAACAGAGACCCUAAGACCUCUCCAGGUGGUGAACUUCUUCUUGGUGGCAGUGAUCCUAAGUACUACAAGGGUAACUUCACUUACCUUCCGGUCACACAGCAGGGGUACUGGCAGUUCAAGAUGGACAGCAUCAAUUUGAAUGGAAAGACGUUCUGUGCCGAUGGAUGCCAGGCCAUUGCAGAUACAGGAACGUCACUGAUUGCUGGCCCCACUACUGAAAUCCAAAAGAUCAACUCCUUGAUUGGAGCCUUGCCCAUUGUCGGUGGAGAGUACAUGGUUAACUGCAGCAAGAUUGCCAGUCUUCCAAACAUUGAUUUCAAACUUGGUGGGAAGACGUUUACACUUACUUCUGAGCAAUAUGUGUUGAAGGUGACUGCUCUUGGUCAAACUGAGUGCAUCAGUGGUUUUCUCGGCAUUGACAUUCCACCCCCCAGGGGACCCUUAUGGAUUCUCGGUGAUGUCUUCAUUGGUCCAUACUAUACAGAGUUUGACUUGGGUGCCAAUCGUGUUGGUUUUGCUGAAGCAGUCUAAGUACAAAUUAUGGAUGAAUGCAUGUGCUAUAGAUGUAUUGCCAAUUACUCUUGUGAGAUUUUAUACUCACAAAACGAGAGAUGGAUGAAACGAUAUAAUGUAGUGAAGUAUAUCAUAUGAAAAGCUUAAAUUUCUGAUGUGAAAAUUCUUAAUUAAUGCAUAAUCGUGCAACAAACAGUAAGCAGUAAAUAUUGUGUCAUUUUCA